AUGUUAGUUCCCGCUCCAACAAUUCUUUUGGCAUAUUCGAUAAGAUUGGCCCACCAAACUUCAGAAGUUUUGUGUGGAAAAUGGUCAGAUGAUGUACUUACUUGUGUGGGGAUUGUUAAUUCUACUGUUAAUGACAUUGUUGUUGUUAACGUAGUAGUGUCAUUUGACACCGAUCCAUUCAUUAUAUUUGGCACUGAUGAUAGUGGUUUCAGUUUUGCUAAUUUGAAUGUUGCCACUAAUGACGUCGUCACUGACUUUACUGAUUUUUUUAGAACAGCUGCUGAAUUAAGCAAAAGAAUCUAA